AUGAACCCAAGGUUGACAGGAUUGGUAAUAUUGAUCUUCCUCAUUUGGACCCUUUUCUAUAUAAAUGUCAUCACAAAGUCCUCUGCCGGGUCACGUCCUUCGACACCAUCGCCCGGAGGUCAGCAUCAUUGGAUUGAAGAGGAGUCACAACCCUCUCUUGCUCAAAGAAGUCAGAACAAUGAAGAAGAAAACAAUUAUCGCCGUUUUCUUCGGAAACAAUUUGAUGCGUCGGAAAAAAGCUAUCAGGAAUAUCGGCGUCGCCGAAGAGAGUUUGUGGGUGCUGAUCCUGCAAAAGUGAACCCAUGGCCACCUGCAAGGGUCAUGUAUUUCUGGGAUUACUUUCUACCCGCUUUUUCCUGUCCAUACACGAUCCAGAGGAUUGGAGCCCUUGGCGAUGGGGGUAAAUGGGUCUGCGGAAUGGAACUCUUUGACACCGUGAAAACAACAGAUGAAAAACCAGAAGAAUCGUUCCCUAACAAAGAUCGUCCGUGCAUCAUUUAUUCAUUCGGAGUGGCUACAGAGUCAAGCUUCGAAGCAGAAUUUUUAGAGAGGACAGACUGUGAAAUAUGGGCGUAUGAUGCGUCCGUGGAUAGAAUGGGAAAUCAAGUGACCACUCCACACCCAAGGGUUCACUUUAAUAAAGUGUACAUACAACCCAAAGGAAAUGCUACAUUGGGUUCUCUCAUGAAACAGAACGGUCAUCAGUGGAUUGAUUUUCUCAAGAUGGAUAUUGAAUCUGGAGAAUUUGACGUCAUGGAGCAAAUCCUGAAUGAAUUCCAGAUACUCCCAUGGGGCCAGUUGCACAUUGAAAUUCAUGGGGAUGAAAAAGGUGAACUUUUUCCAAAGGUGUACAAAAUGUGGGAAAGUUUUGAGGAUAAAGGACUGAGACCGUUCAAGAAUGAGAUAAAUCACUGGCCCUGCGUUCGGGCGAGACUUAAUCCAAUAUAUAACGAGUACUCUUUCAUUAACACGAAGGGCCCAAGUAGAUUGCUGCCCAAUUUAUAAGGAAGUUAUUUAAAUAGUAGUUACUAAUACAAUAACUAUGCAAAUAUGUAUUUUAUUGUCCUACUACUUCAUACAAUCUGUUUGUAAUGCCAUAAUGCUGUAAUUGUGAUGUUUUAUGUUUGUUUACUAGAUACCAUUUAUAUAAAAAAAAUGGUGGAUAUGGGAAUGUGUAAAAACUA